CCCCGUUUUACGCCUCCGGAGAUCCCUGGCAUGAGUCCUCCGUACGCGAUAGACCAGAAGAAGGGAGCGGUGGCAUCUUGCACCCCCACCCGCAAAUCCGGCCACUGUGCGGACGCGUCCCGGAACCGUCUCCCGGCCUAACCUUACGCACGGCCUCCCCGACGUAUCCCGCGGCGUCGGGAUCGGCGCGUGGCCCACCGGGCAGCGGUGCUCUCCCUUGGCAGAGGCCAAAAUCCCACUUUGUCCACGGUAAAGCAUGGCGGAAUUUGGCGCUGGGGGCGCCGGGCUGCGCGACGAGGACCGCCGCGCCCUCAAGGAGGGCAAGAAGCUGCUGAAGAAGGCGCUCGGGGCUGCCGGCAUGGGCGGUCUCCUCGGAAAGGGCAAGAGUAAAGAGAAGCUCCGGCGCGAGAAGGAGCGGCGGCGCGCGGAGGAACAGGCGCGAGCUGCGGCCGAGACCCGAGCGAGGCAAAACGAGAUCCGCGCGAGGCAAAACGCGGCCCGAGCCGCGAUGGUGCGGCGGUGCGCGGCGGCCGAGCGCGCCAAGGCGGACGCAGCGCGCGCCGAGGCGGCUACGGAGCGGGCCGAAGCCUCGACAGCGCGCGCCGAGGCCGAAGCCGACUCCAAGAGGCUAGCGGCGGAGCGCGCCGCGGACGCGGCCGCACGCGCCGAGGCGGAAGCCGGCCUUGAGUCGGACCGGGCCGCCGUUGCGAUGGAACGAGCAGCAGCCGCGGCUGCGCGCGCGGAGGCGGAGUCAGACUAUAAGAGCCUGGCGGCGGAAGAGGCGCUCUCGGCGCGGGCGACCGAGGACGCCGAGGCGCUGCGCUCGGCAAUCGAGGCGGAGCGCGCCGCGUCCCAAGCGCGUGCCCAGAGGGAAGCUGAGGCCGAGCGGCGCCGCCAAGCGGUCGAGGAGGCCGCACAGCGGAGGGAGCGAGCUCUUCGGGAACAGAUUCGGACGAUGGAGCGCGAGCUCGAGGAGCACGAGGGGGGUGGCUUCGCUGACGUCUGUGGCCUCUUCGGCGGCGUUUCCGGCGGCGUCGCGGCGCGGGCGCGCGGCGCGGCGCUCCGCGAGGCCAAGCAGGAACUGGAGCGGCGGCGGGCCGAGCUGGCGGUAGUGGUGGCCCAGAGCGCGGACCGCGAGCGGGCCUUCGCCGACGAGCUGGCGGCAGAGCGAGAAGCGCGCGAGGCCGUGAACACUGAAGCGGCGCGCUACCUGGCGCGGUGGUACGCGACCAGCUUCGAGCUGCAGACGGCAGAGAAGCAUGCGCAAAAUACAAUCGACUUGAAGAAUCUCGAGCUCCGGGAGGAGGUGGAACGGAGCAACGCCAUGAAGACAGAAUUGGAGUACGAGGCGGAAAGAAAAGCUGCGAUGGACGUAGAACUCGGACAAGCUUCGCUCAGGGAACGUCUCGCCGAGGCCAAGCUACAGGACACCGUGGCCGAGCUAAGCCGGUUGAAAGCAGAGUUGGAGCAGGCGCGGUCGACGGCCGCGCCGGUAGGCAAUGAAGGGGAGCUAGUAGCCGACCUGGACAAGUUAGAUAGAGCAGUAUCGUCGCUGCUCGAGAAGAAAAACCAACUGAAAAGCGAAGUACGGGAGACAUGCAGAGGGAUGCCGAUUAACAAUAACGGCCACUCAAUCGAGUACGCUAUGAAGGCUGUAGAAAAGGACUUCGAAAAUAUGAGCAAAAUGAUCCGAGAGUUCCGUUCGCGGGCCGAGGCCCAAAGGCCGUCGGCGGCGGCGUCGGAGGAGCCGCUGCCCGUCGGCACAGAGGUGAAGCUCGUAGGGUGUGCAUUCAACACAAGCUUCAACGGGCGUCGCGGCAUCAUCGUCGAGGCGUCCCAGGAUCUCAUCGACCGGGGCCGGGUGGCAGUUAGGCUCGGCGGGGGAGCCACGCUGCCGUUUAGCCGCAAGAACGUCGUGAAAUGGUCACCGGAACAGGCUGCUGGCGCCCCGGCAUAUGCCUUCGGUGCGAGCUCGCCUGCACCGCCGGCGCCUGCGCCUGCAGGCGGUCCGGCGUUCACAUUCGGCGCCGCGCUGCCGCCGCCCGCGCCCCCGCCGCCCCGGGCUCCGCAGCCGGCGGUGGUUCAACAAACGACCUACUACUCUUCGUCGCCGUCUCCGCAAAUCUACAUCCCCCGACCCGCACCGACCCCGCCGCGGAGAAGUAGCAGCGGCGGCGCGCGCAUGGGCACGGUCCUACGGAACGACGGCAUGCCGGACCGCCGGUACGCGAGCCCCCGGCCGGUGACGACCAGCGGCCGCCCGGACCGGCGCUUCAGCGUCAACCGGCCGGCGACUUCUUCCACGCGCAGCUCCGGGAGCAGCUCCGGGAGAAGAAGUGGUGGGACGAGGCGUAAAUGAAGAGUACUAUACCACACUA